GAGGAAGGACACCCGCGCUGCGUGUGCUGUGGCUUGUGCGUCCUAGUUUAAGGUAGGAGUUGGGCUGAGAAGCGACAGAGCCAGCCAGUCAGAUUCAGGAAGUCGCGUUCCUGACCUCAGGAGCAGAGCUGGGUGCGGUGAAACCUCAGCCAGGGACGCAGGGGGCGCUUUCCUCCACAUCACACUGGUGGCACCCACUGACCGGCAGCGCCGCCUCUCUCCCGGGACCUGGCACUAGGAGGGAGAGGCAGGAGCAGGGACCCAGACCUCACCCUUGUGCCCAAGUCACUUCAGACAGCACCGGAACAGAGCCAGCGGUCCCGCCGGCGGGAAGCCUUCCAGCGGACCCAAAGGUGCUCCUGGUGGCAUGCCCAAAUGUGAAGCUGAAAGAAAAAUAAAUUCCAAGUGUCUAACGCUGUGUUCUGUGACACCGAAGGCUUGUUGGAUAACUGAGGAUCCUCUGGCCCCACACUAGGCCAGCACCAUGGAGAGAAACAGUUCUUUCUUCAACUCUGUCUGGGAAACCAUCCGGGCCAGACACGAAAGAGGCGUCUUCAACACCGUCUGCCUGGCUGUGCUCCUGGGGUUGCCCCUGGUGGUGGUUCUCACCCUCCUCUUCAUCUGUUGCCAUUGCUGCUGUAGCCGGCCACCUAAGAGCAACCAACAGCCAGACCAGAACAAGAAGAAAAAGAAAAAGAAGAAGAAAAAGAAAGAUGAAGACCUCUGGAUCUCUGCUCAGCCCAAGCUCCUCCAGAUGGAGAAGAGACCAUCACUGCUGGUCUAGUGAGCAAGGGAGCAGCGUGUCCUCCCCGUGGAGCCGAGCCUCCUUCCAACCACAGAGACUUGGAGGAGCCUUAAAGUGAUGCAUUCACUCCUACAGAUCACUCAACCAAGGGACAAGUUUCAGACUAAGCAUCCCAGCGGGUGGGGGCGUGCAGACAAUUCUUUGUCUUGGCAGCUAUGUGUCCAGUAUCAGUGCCCCAAGCAUGGACAGCAGUUUCUGGUAUAGUCCAGCACAAAAGCACACAAAGUAUGUACACAUGCAUCUUAGAUGGCUUUCAGCUCUGUUUGUAUCAUAUGUAUGCACAUUUGGACAACAGGUACAUGGGACAGGAUAUUCUAUUUAUCACGUGGCCAUGUAAUAUAUAUUUUGCUCAAAUAUAUAUACUUGCAGAAAUGUCUUAUGAGAAGAUAUGUCCAGAUUUAGGCACCUAUGUGCAAUUAAGUAGCCAUGGUACAAGGCCCUCUGCACUGUCUGUAUAUCAUUCAGGUUGGAGAUGGGUGAGUUCUAUUCCUAUACCUACAUAAUGUUUUAGUGGAAAUACAUGUGGACAUUCUAAGAACCUGGUACAGUCCCCACUUCAGUAUAUAUUGAUACAGACAUAGCUACUGGUUUCUAUAGGCUUCUGACCUUUUGCCUGUACCUAAAAGUUAAAAGCAUGGCUCCAGAUACACUCAAAGCUCUUUGCUUGCAAUUCACGACAAGGUCCUCAUUACCUCUAACAGAUGUUUAAUGUGGCCCAAGACCUCUCGGGGACAUUACCCCAUAACUACUCAGCAAGGUGCCCUUUUCUAAGCAGUGAUGAACAGCUCUUGGCAGUGACUAUGAGAAAGCUAUGGAAACCCACAUAUUCACUUCACUGGAUUGCAGGUGUGUACCCAUGAGAUGUAAUAUAGAGAUAGAAAGCGUAAGGAGAUGCCUCGCAUGAGCUAGCUAUAAUCCAUGUGACCAAGGGCUUUCAGAAAGAAACCAAGUAAGGUCAUCCCAAGUCCAGUCUCAUAACCAUCACACAUACACACAUACACUUGCACAUGCACACGCAUACACAACACAACACAUACCAGAAGCAAUCCUGUGUUGGUAGCAGUGCAUAAUGCAUUGCCAGUGGGAGGUAGAAGCCAUAGUUUAAGUGAAAGAUAAAACUAUAAAGGUAUCUGUUGCUAUUUAUGUUGAUGCUCAGGCAAAUGUCUUGUACACAGUAGGUACUCAUAACUGUGGAUGGAUAUGCAAUGAUGCUAAGGAUAACUUGUAAUACCUCACAAUUCGACCUGAGUGACCUACUCUUUUAAGACAUGCCAUUAACUGCUACAGAAGGUGAGGCAAGGCAUUGAGACCAGGGUUGAUUGACAUAUGUGUCCUGUGGUACCUGAAGCCAUGCCACUUUCUGAGUGGAGGAGAGCCUUUCCUCCCCAGUCAAAGACUAAGAAAACAAAUUGCUUGGCAUUUUGAUUGUAUUGUGGCCAUGUUACAAAGGCAGAGAAUUCCCAGCUUGGAAGUGAUUAUACUCCAACAGCUCAUUUGCACAUCUACUGGGGAGCUCUAUAAAUAUUGUCCCCAUGGAGGCCAUUAUAGACAGUAGAAAAAUCACUGUCUAAUUAAUGACAUAGCCAAAUUAUGACAUUACAGCAGCAAGAAAAAAUUCCCAAAAUUGAUGAGACUGUAUGAAUGUAAAGUUGUACUCUACUUGUUCAGCUGGGCCACCUGGUACUCAUGUCUACUCCCGAUGUGCUCCAGGCCCUUGGAGGGUAGCUACCUAAUGGUGGCUACCUGGGUCUUCUAACAGACAGAGCAGUCACAUUCACCCGCUCAUCCUACGUAACCUCAAUGCCACUAGGCACUCAAGCCUUCCACCCACAGACCUCUUUGACCAAAGCAACACUUCCUGAUUCUCUGCCCCCUUGUCACAUAGGGAGCUGGUUGUGGAUUACCUGGCUGUCCUCCGCAUGUCACAGAAUGACCAGUCUUCUCCCCUUCUCUGCCAAUUGGUAACCAACAGAUGCCCUUCCCACUUCUCUCAGUUGCCCUAAGACAAAAGACUUUGGGGGUAGAGGUGAAGACACAGCAGAAAUGGGAUGUCAGAUAACAGUCUGCAAGGAUGGAUCACCGGGAUCAGGGACCAUACAAAUUGCAUGGUUUCAGUGAAAACUGGCUGCCAGCUUGAAUUAAGACAGCAGUCAGUUGUCCCUGAUUGCCAUAACAAAGCCCCUGACUCUGGGCACAAGUGUACCUACUGCUUUCUAACCAAAUAGACUUGAGCCAGUUCCUGACAUAAAACAUCCAGAAAGGCAGUUCCCAGUUGCUUUUAUAUCCUGGAAUCCAGGAAUCCCAACCGUGACUGGAUUACCUGUUCCUGUCGCAGACUCUCCGACAGCCUUGAUAAAGCACUUAGGAUGAUACAGGGCCCAUGAUGUGAUAGGCCCUCCCCUAGACACCAGAGAGCAGAAGCCCAAAGUAUUGCUUGGUGCCCUGUCUCCCUGCCUCACCCUGACAAUUCUUCUCAUAUUACUGCUUCUCCAUGCAUCAUGCCAAUUCAUUCCUUUAUGACUCGACAGACACUGUUUCCCUUGGUCUAUUCCAGAGUUGCCACGAAUACAGUCCUAGGGUAAGGUGCUUGGGACCUGUGCCUACCUGAUCCAUCUGGAGAUAGUAAGUUAACGGAGAACCUAAGAGGCCUCAGGGGGCCCGGAGGAAUGGCUCAGCAGUUAAGAGCACUUGUUGCUUCUGUAAAAGACCCAGGUACCAGACAUGCAUGUGCUACACAUGUAUACAUGCAGGCAAACCACUCAUACACAUAAAAUCCAUCUCUUUCAAAAAUUUAAAAAGAAGAUGCAUAAAGAAGAGAACUUCUCAACUGGCAUGGGCUUGGGCAUGGGGGUUGUCCCCACCCACGAUGGACUUCUGGCCUGCCUUGGUCACAGUCAGAAACAGUCAGAGGGGUCUUUAUCCAGUGUUCAAUAGACUUUUUUGAUUUCUUGGGAAGAGGAAAAAGAACAGGAAAAUGUAAAGAAAAGCCAGUCACUUUUUCAAGAAUAUAUGAAUGAUCGAAGCUGUACAGUAUUUGUCAGUGUUUUGUUUUCUGUAAAAUUCAAAUACAUAUAAAAGUUUAUUUAAAUAAAUGUUUUGAAAAUGAAA